AUGACCUUCGACUCAUUCUCACCCUUGGAGGUGAUUGAGGCUGUGGCCAACACAGGUGUGCACAAAGGUAACAUGCGAUUGGACAAGGUAUUCUUUAGUUCUAUUUCUGCUGGAUGCUUGCUCUCUUUCGCAUGUGGAACCGCUCUGAGCACCAAUGCCUCCCCUUGGUUCCAAGAGAACGCUGCGGGCUUGAUCCGCACCAUCAGUGCCUUGGUCUUCCCUUACGGGCUGUGCAUGAUCAUUCUAACCGGUGCCGAUCUUUGCACGGGCUCCUUCAUGUUCACCACCGUUGCAGCAUUGCAACGCCGACUACCGUGGUGGAAAAUGCUUGUGCACUGGGUCGUGACCUUUUUGGGAAACUUGGCUGGCUCCCUAUUCAUGGUUGCAAUUAUCUUUGGAUACGGCGAGGUCUUCUCUAAGGACCCCUUCAAGUCUGCCGUGAUCAGUUUUGCCACAAAGAAGCAAGUAACACCAGACUUUCACAUGAUCUUCCUUCGUGGAAUUGGUUGCAAUUGGCUAGUUUGUCUCGGAUGCUUCUUCGGUUUGCAAGGACGUGAUCUGGCAUCCAAAAUCAUUGGUAUCUGGUGGCCUAUCUUUGCUUUCGUCUCUCUCGGAUUCGACCACGUUGUUGCCAAUAUGACAUUCAUCCCCCUGGGAAUUUGGCUCGAUGCUCCUGGAAUCAGCGUUGGCCUGUAUAUCUGGAAGGGUAUUAUCCCUACCUUGAUUGGAAACAUCCUUGGUGGUGGCCUCUUCUGCGGAACGUUCUACUGGUACAUGUAUCUGCUUGACCUGAACACCCUCCCUAUCAGUGGCUUGAGCAAGAAGACAGUCCCCCCAACUCGACCGGCAUCGAAAGGAGAUAUAGAGGCAGCUGCCGCAGACGGCUCUCCCGCAUCUACAGUGCUCCACGCUUGA